AUGUCGGUAGAAGUUCGGCAGAACAGUCUUCGUGUCGUCUCGGCUCAAGUCCCCAGAAACAGUGAGGACGCCGUGGGGACGUGUGGACUGCAGGUCCCUGACGGCUCGGGGGAGCGCUCGGCGCCGGCUGUUCACCGCUCUCUGCUCCGCCCCCUGCAGGUGACCCCGCCCCCGCCGGUGGAGCAGCGGGCGGAGCAGCGGGCGGAGCUGCUGGGCGCCUUCGACGAGCAGAGCUACCUGCAGGCCAAGCAGCUGCGGCCCGGAGACGACCCGUACCGAGACCACGCCUUCAACCUGCAGGAGAGCGAGCGGCUGGGCGGCGGCCGGGACAUCCGAGACACCCGCCACUACCGGUGUGCAGCGCUGAAUUACGACACUGACCUCCCCUCCACCAGCAUCAUCAUCACGUUCCACAAUGAAGCUCGCUCCACCCUCCUCCGCACCAUCAAAAGCGUCCUCCUGCGGAGUCCUCCGUCUCUGAUCCGGGAGAUCAUCCUGAUCGACGACUUCAGCUCCGACCCUGAGGACUGCCAGCUGCUGACAGCUGUUCCCAAAGUCCACUGCCUGAGGAACAGCCGGAGGGAGGGUCUCAUCCGGUCUCGAGUUCGAGGAGCCGACUCCGCCUCCGCCUCCGUCCUCACCUUCCUGGACAGCCACUGCGAGGUCAACAGCGCCUGGCUGCAGCCGCUACUGCAGCGGGUGAAGCAGGAUCACACUCGAGUGGUCAGUCCCAUCAUCGACGUCAUCAGCCUGGACAACUUCGCCUACCUGGCAGCUUCAGCCGACCUGAGAGGAGGGUUCGACUGGAGUCUCCACUUCCGCUGGGAGCAGAUCCCUCUGGAGCAGAAGAUGGCGAGGAGCGACCCCACGCAGCCAAUCAGAACCCCCGUCAUUGCAGGUGGGAUCUUCGUCAUGGACAAGAACUGGUUCAACCACCUGGGACAGUACGACACCCACAUGGACAUCUGGGGUGGCGAGAACUUUGAACUGUCCUUCCGGGUCUGGAUGUGUGGAGGCAGUCUGGAGAUCCUGCCCUGCAGCCGCGUGGGCCACGUCUUCCGGAAGCGCCACCCGUACGACUUCCCCGAGGGCAACGCGCUCACCUACAUCAGGAACACCCGCCGGGCGGCGGAGGUGUGGAUGGAUGAGUAUAAGCAGUACUACUACUCUGCUCGGCCGUCGGCUCAGGGGAAAGCUUUCGGCAGCAUCGCGGAGCGCCUGGCGCUGCGGCGGAGGCUGAACUGCAGACCGUUCCGCUGGUACAUGGAGAACGUCUACCCGGAGCUCAGGGUUCCGGAGCAGGACGCCGUGUCCAGCCUGCUCAAACAGGGACGUCUGUGUCUGGAGACCCGCGGAGACGGCCUGGGACUGGCCGAGUGCAGGGUCAACGGGGGACACCGGCCGCAGACACAGAGGUGGGAGCUGCUGGAGCCCCUCAUCCGGCAGCAGGACGUCUGCCUGGCCAUCUCUGCCUUCUCAGCAGGGUCAAAGGUCAAGAUGGAGCCCUGCAACAUGAAAGAGCCCCGACAGGUGAGGCCAGGUGGCUCCGUGAUCCCGCCCAGCAGGGGGCGGGGUCACUCUGGGCCCAGCAGGGGGGCGGGGUCACU